CGGGCGGCUGAGGCGGGCGCUAUGGCGGCGGGGGCCGCCGGGCCGCGGCUGGGCCUCUUGCUGCUCUUCCUGGAAGCCGGCGGGGUUUGGAGCAGCGGCUGCCGGGCCGGGGCCGCCUCUGCGCGGACCGGGGAGGGACGUGAAGCCGAGGGCUGUGGGUCCGGGGUCCUGCUGUUGGAGCACUCCUUCCACUUGGAUGACAGCAUCCAUUUCCGGAAGCGGGGCUCCCUGAGCUGGAACCUGCAGGACGGCACCAUCUCACUGACUCAGAGGCAGCUGACCGAGGAAGAGCGGGGCCGCCUGCGGGACGUGGCAGCACUGAACGGGCUGUAUCGGGUGCGAGUCCCGCGCCGGGCAGGAGGCGCCGAGGGGCCCGGGGACGCCGGCUACGUCUCCUCCUUCGUCCCCGCGUGCUCCCUGGUGGAAUCCCACCUGUCGGACCACCUGACGCUGCACGUGGACGUAGCCGGGAACGUGGUGGGCAUUUCCGUGGUGACGGAGCCAGGCGGCUGCCGCGGCCACGAAGUGGAGGACGUGGACCUGGAGCUGUUCAACACUACGGUCCUGUUGCAGCCCCCGCUGCCUGCCCCAGGGCCAGAGACGGCAGCGUUCAUCGAGCGCCUGGAACUGGAGCAGGCCCAGAAGGCCAAGAAUCCCCAGGAACAGAAAUCCUUCUUCGCCAAAUACUGGCACCUCAUCCUGGGUGGUGCUGUGUUCCUCACAGCCAUGCGCCCGGCCCGGGGCCCUGUGCCAGCACCGCCGCCCGAGGCCUGAGGACCCAAUGGAUGUACAUCAUCCCCGUGGUCCUGUUCCUCAUGAUGUCCGGAGCUCCGGAGGCGGGGGGCCAGGGCGGGGGCGGCGGCGGGGG